AUGCAGCCCACUGCCCUCUUUGGAAUUCUGCUGCUUCUCUCUUCGCAAGCACAGGCCGCACCAUCGUCGAUUCACUCUCACCUCCAGCGCCACAGAGAACGCGCCGCAACGCACGCUCACUUGAGCCAUCAGCACGCAAAGUUAAACAAGAAAGUCGAGCCAGUCGAGCCCGAAACCGAAACGAUGAAGACCUUUAGAGACAUCGUACCACUAUUUCAAAACCUCAUUGCCACGGACAAGCCAUCAGCACCGUCGCCCUAUGUUGAGUCGACCCUGACGCCUCCUUCAAAGCACGAUGAUGCAUCAGAUCAAGUCGACUCAGACUCCGACGACUCACAACAACUACGCGUGAUGAGGACACAUUCAGUCCGCGAGCAACAAACGUUGCCUGACCGGGCUAAGCUGGCGGCGAUGGGUCGAGGGCAAAACCGCGUGAGGUCGGUCGCGGAUAUUGUCGACAGCCGGCAUGCCGACUCUGCGAUGCGGUUGCUGCGUGCUCACGCUGUUGUCAAGCAUAACAGAUUUCAGCGCGAGAUUUGA